AUGCGCGAGAUAGUGCACCUGCAAGCCGGCCAGUGCGGCAAUCAAAUCGGAUCGAAGUUCUGGGAGAUAAUCUCGGACGAACACGGCAUCGACACGACCGGUCACUACCACGGCGACAGCGACCUGCAGCUCGAGCGCAUACAAGUCUACUACAACGAGGCUGCUGAUGGAACUCGCUUCGUGCCCCGCGCCGUCCUGGUGGACCUCGAGCCUGGCACCAUGGACGCCAUCCGCUCUUCCACCUACGGCCAGCUGUUCCGACCUGACAACUUCGUCUUCGGCCAGAGCGGAGCCGGUAACAACUGGGCGAAAGGCCACUACACGGAGGGCGCGGAGCUGGUGGAUGCCGUAAUGGACGUCGUCAGGAAGGAGUCGGAAGGCUGCGACUGUCUUCAAGGGUUCCAGCUGACGCACUCCCUGGGUGGAGGCACGGGGUCCGGUCUCGGAACGUUGCUGCUCAGCAAACUGCGCGAGGAGUACCCCGACCGCAUCGUCAACACCUUCAGCGUCAUGCCCUCACCCAAGGUGUCCGACACGGUAGUAGAGCCCUACAACGCCACUCUCUCCGUGCACCAGCUGGUGGAGAACACGGAUGAGACCUUCUGCAUCGACAACGAGGCGCUCUACGACAUCUGCUUCAGGACCCUGAGGCUCUCGGAGCCUACGUAUGGAGAUCUGAAUCAUCUUGUUUCGCUGACGAUGUCCGGAGUGACGACAUGCCUCCGGUUCCCCGGACAGCUCAACGCGGAUCUCCGCAAGUUGGCCGUCAACAUGGUGCCUUUCCCUCGCCUGCACUUCUUCAUGCCCGGGUUCGCUCCACUGACCGCCAGAAACAGCCAAGGCUACAGAGCUCUCACAGUACCGGAAUUGACGCAACAGAUGUUCAGCCCCGGCAACAUGAUGACGGCGUGCGACCCGCGGCACGGCCGCUACCUCACCGUGGCCGCCAUCUUCCGCGGCCGCAUGUCCAUGAAGGAGGUCGACGAGCAGAUGCUCACUGUGCAGGAUAAAAAUUCUAGUUACUUCGUGGAAUGGAUCCCCAACAACGUGAAGGUGGCGGUGUGCGACGUGCCCCCGCGCGGCGUCAAGAUGGCCGCCACCUUCGUCGGCAACUCCACCGCCAUACAGGAGAUCUUCAAGCGGAUCUCGGAGCAGUUCACCGUCAUGUUCCGUCGCAAGGCGUUCCUCCACUGGUACACGGGCGAGGGCAUGGACGAGAUGGAGUUCACGGAGGCCGAGAGCAACAUGAACGACCUGGUGUCCGAAUACCAGCAGUAUGAGGAGGUGGGAGUAGAAGAUGGAGAAUUCGACGAACAAGAAGAGAUGGCUGGAGACGAGUAUCCUGAGGAAGCUUAAGACCUAGUCAACUACUCUUAACACGCAUAGAGUUAUACCAAGAAAAGUCUGCAACGAUUUUGACAGCACACGCAAUGCAAGUGUUAUUUAUACGUCAUAAUUUCAU